AUGGUGCGUAUGAACGUUCUCAGUGAUGCUCUGAAGUCUAUCAACAAUGCUGAAAAGCGUGGAAAGCGACAGGUAUUGUUGAGACCCUGUUCUAAAGUGAUUGUCAAGUUCCUGACGGUUAUGAUGAAGCAUGGUUAUAUUGGAGAGUUUGAAAUUGUGGAUGAUCAUCGCAGUGGAAAAGUAGUAGUAAACCUUACUGGAAGGUUAAACAAAUGCGGUGUUAUUUCACCUAGAUUUGAUGUACCUAUUAAUGACAUUGAGAAAUGGACCAACAAUCUCUUACCUUCUCGACAGUUUGGGUAUGUUGUGUUAACAACCAGUGGAGGUAUUAUGGAUCAUGAAGAAGCUAGAAGAAAACAUCUUGGAGGAAAAAUCCUAGGAUUUUUCUUCUAACUUUUUUUUAAGUUAAAUAAUUAAAGAUAUAAAAACAUAAACACAUCUUUACAUAAUUUUUUGUUCAAAAUCCUGAAUCUUUUUUCCAUCUAGAUUCUUGAUUCCGUAAUAUUUUAUUCAUUUAGUUUGUUACAUUAUUAUUAAUUGUACUUGAAAGGCUGAAUUGCUCAAUCAAUUGAAUCAUAAACAUUGUCAAUAAUGUUCUACUAAGAA